AUGCAGGAAGCUUGCGCUCUCACAGAAACUGGAUCUGUUACGAUACAGGACAAAGACCUAUCGAUUUUUGUCGCUUUUGCCGCACUUACACUUGCUAGUGAAAUCGAAGAAAAUGAACAGAAAAAAAGAGGUGCAGGAAAAGCUAACGUAUUGAAUGCCAUUCCAACAGGUGCACAGAAAACGGAUUAUCCUUAUAGUGUCUAUUCUCAAACUUCCAGCCCGCAAAACCCUGGUCAAAGUUAUCAAAGUCAAGUCCCAAAUUCAUUUUACCCUAGUCAGUCACCAAGUCAAUACUUUACUUCAAAUAAUCCUGAAAUACCUGUUUCAAACGGCCUUCCUACACAUGCAUCGCCACAAACCACACAAUCACAGUUUGUUCCUAUUAACUUCAUACCUAAUCCAGGUUAUCAAUCUAAAUACCAAGUUAUUCCACAAAAACCAAAUGUGCAGGUAGCUAUUUUACAGCAGCCUUCAAUAUCACAUACCCCAAUGUUACAGUAUCCUCAUACUUUCUAUUCACCUAGCCCUGUGAAUCACAUUGGCCAAAGCCCAGUGUUCGGACUUGGACAAAGUCAUUUUAGUUUUGGUCCAAGUAUCCACCCGCUUCCAUUCAGUGGUCAUAUUUUAAGCCAGCAACCUACUAUGGUCGUUUUACCACAAUCAAAUCCAUCUCUUUAUAAUAACUUAGUGUAUCCCAAUCCUACACAGAGUUUCUACAACUACUAUCCUUUGCAUUCUCAAGCAAAGUAUAGUUAUACGUCUGGAGCACCGCAAUCAAAUGAAUACGAAAAGUUACAGACGUCAGUCCAGGAAAGUUUUUUAAAAGAAGACAGAGUUAAUGUGCAAAGCCCCGACUACGUAACCACAUCUGAUUCAAACUCGGCCUAUAAGAAUACCUAUAAUAACCGCAAUACUUAUACCAAAAAUUAA